AUGAUUGUGCUUCGCCAUCACAAGAUUGUCACCCAUGAAAAAAAUAGUAUAAACCUUAGCACCUCAUAUGAGGUCAAGAUUCCAGGUGGCGCAGUGGUGACUGGCUCGCCCCGCACUCCGCGACAGAUUGCGUCCGGGAUCGAUGUCCGCUUGGACGAUUUCAGCUUGGAUGAUUCCAAAUUGGAUGAUUCCAGCUUGGAUGAUUCCAGCUUGGAUGAUUCCAAAUUGGAUGAUUCCAAAUUGGAUGAUUCCAGCUUGGAUCAUUCCAGCUUGGAUCAUUCCAGCUUGGAUCAUUCCAUCUUGGAUCAUUCCAUCUUGGAUCAUUCCACCUUGGAUCAUUCCACCUUGGAUCAUUGCACCUUGGAUCAUUCCACCUUGGAUCAUUACAACUUGGAUCAUUCCAGCUUGGAUCAUUCCACCUUGGAUCAUUCCACCUUGGAUCAUUCCACCUUGGAUCAUUCCACCUUGGAUCAUUCCACCUUGGAUCAUUACAACUUGGAUCAUUCCACCUUGGAUCAUUCCACCUUGGAUCAUUACAACUUGGAUCAUUACAACUUGGAUCAUUAUCAUUCCACCUUGGAUCAUUGCACCUUGGAUCAUUGCACCUUGGAUCAUUGCACCUUGGAUCAUUCCACCUUGGAUCAUUGCACCUUGGAUCAUUCCACCUUGGAUCAUUCCACCUUGGAUCAUUCCACCUUGGAUCAUUACAACUUGGAUCAUUGCACCUUGGAUCAUUACAACUUGGAUCAUUCCACCUUGGAUCAUUCCACCUUAGAUCAUUCCACCUUGGAUCAUUGCACCUUGGAUCAUUCCACCUUAGAUCAUUCCACAUUGGAUCAUUCCACCUUGGAUCAUUACAACUUGGAUCAUUCCACCUUGGAUCAUUCCACCUUAGAUCAUUCCACCUUGGAUCAUUCCAUCUUGGAUCAUUGCACCUUGGAUCAUUCCACCUUAGAUCAUUCCACCUUGGAUCAUUCCACCUUGGAUCAUUGCACCUUGGAUCAUUCCACCUUGGAUCAUUCCACCUUGGAUCAUUCCACCUUAGAUCAUUCCACCUUGGAUCAUUACAACUUGGAUCAUUACAACUUGGAUCAUUACAACUUGGAUCAUUACAACUUGGAUCAUUACACCUUGGAUCAUUGCACCUUGGAUCAUUCCACCUUGGAUCAUUGCACCUUGGAUCAUUCCACCUUAGAUCAUUCCACCUUGGAUCAUUACAACUUGGAUCAUUACAACUUGGAUCAUUCCACCUUAGAUCAUUCCACCUUAGAUCAUUACAACUUGGAUCAUUCCACCUUAGAUCAUUACAACUUGGAUCAUUCCACCUUGUAUCAUUACAACUUGGAUCAUCUAACUGACCGACAUCACGAGAUGUAG